AUGGCGACGCCUGGCGAGCGGGGGAGUUUCGGCGGUGGGAACUUAUUCUCCUUUCUACCCGGCGGCGCGCGCUCCGAGGUGAUGGACGACCUGGUGACGGACGCGCGCGGCCGGGGCGCGGGGCGGAGAGAUUCCGCCUCUUCGGCCCGGACGCCAUCGCAGGCGCCGGCCUCCGAUUCUCAGGUCGCCGAGGACGCCUCCCGGAGGCUGCCCUGCCGGGCCUGCGUGGACUUCAAGUCGUGGAUGCGGACACAGCAGAAGCGGGACAGCAAGUUUAGGGAAGAUUGUCCUCCGGAUCGCGAGGAACUGGGCCGCCACAGCUGGGCUGUCCUCCAUACCCUGGCGGCCUACUAUCCCGACCUGCCCACCCCAGAACAGCAGCAAGAUAUGGCUCAGUUCAUACAUUUAUUUUCCAAGUUUUACCCGUGUGAGGAGUGUGCUGAAGACAUAAGGAAAAGGAUAUGCAGGAACCAGCCAGACACUCGCACUCGGGCCUGCUUCACCCAGUGGCUAUGCCGCCUGCACAACGAGGUGAACCGCAAGCUAGGCAAGCCGGACUUCAACUGCUCACUGGUGGACGAGCGUUGGCGCGACGGCUGGAAGGACGGCUCCUGUGACUAGAGGGCAGCCAGAGCCUGUGGGUGGCCUGGCCAGAGAGGGUGGGGCUUAUUAAAGUGCGUGUCAGAGCCAGAG